UCCCCGACCAUUGCUAGAACCCCUCAUUUGCACCCCAAAACCCUAACGUUAAAGACGCCCAUCCCCCAAAGCCCCCCAAAAUCGGCGUCAGCUUGCAGUCGCCGGAAGUAUCAAUUUUCUCUGCUACUUGAGCAACGAAACCCUAAAUCUCAUCUCCUUCAUCCCGUCGCCGUGGAUCAUGUUGCAGAUUAGAACUCCCAAGAAUCGAAAAGUUAAGCGAGAGCUCGAGAAACGUGCUCCGAAACUUGUUGAGACCGGGAAGAAGACGCUGAUACUUCAUGGUACAAAAACGAGUGGCGUGCUGAAUGAAGUACUGACGGAAAUUUAUCACUUGAAGAAAGAAAGUGCCGUGAAGUAUUCUCGUAAGAAUGAUGGGAUUAAACCAUUUGAAAGUGGCGGCGAUGCCUCGUUGGAAUUUUUCUCUCUCAAAACUGAUUGUAGUAUUAUCCUGUAUGGUUCUCACUCAAAGAAACGACCCAAUAACCUUGUCAUAGGGAGAACAUACAAUCAGCAUAUCUAUGACCUAGUUGAGGUUGGGAUUGAGAAUUUCAAGUCAAUGCAUUCUUUCACAUAUGAUAAGAAACUAUCCCCACGGGUGGGGUCAAAGCCUUUCAUUACUUUCAUCGGGGAAGGAUUUGAGAAUGUGGAAGAGCUAAAGCAUUUAAAGGAAGUCUUGCUUGAUUUAUUCCGGGGAGAGGUCGUAGAGAAUUUAAAUCUUUCAGGAUUGGACCGUGUAUAUGUAUGUACAGCCAUCUCACCGAAUAAAGUAUUUCUCACUCAUUGUGCAUUGCGAUUGAAGAAGUCAGGUUCGGUAGUUCCAAGAAUGGAACUAGUUGAAGUUGGUCCUUCAAUGGAUAUGGUGGUUCGGCGUCACCGACUUCCUACUGAUGGCCUAAGGAAAGAAGCCAUGAAAACAGCCAAGGAUCAGGCUAAGAAGGAGAAAAAUGUUAGCAAAGAUCUUAUCCAGGGCAAGAUCGGACGGAUAUAUAUUCCUGAUCAAAAGGUUGGAGAUAUGGCUAUACCCAACAAAUCAAAGGGAGUGAAGAGAGAAAGACGUGAAGCGAAAAUGAAAAACAGAGAUGAUGGGCCAGCCUCAAAAAGGCCAAAAGAAGAUUCUGAAAAACCAAAAGAAGAUUUGGAAUAGUUCAAUUAGUGACACAAUCUUGUUGUAGCAAACAGAAUGCAGAAUGUUCUUUCAAGAUUAGGUAUGGGGGAGAGAUCUAAAUACAUGUAUUGUUUCUAUUAUAUCUCGAUCCCAACUCUUAAGCUUGAUAUGGUUUGAAAAACUAGCUGUUUAUUUGUCUAUGGUUGUGUUAGGGAAGUAAGCCAACC